ACCCCAUCCACCGCACCAACCCUCCAACACCUGCCCCCCCCCUCUCUACCGAUGAAUAGAGAGACCGCUGUCUCGGACACAACCAUAGGCGGCCACCAUGCCGCGUUCACUGCCGUCCGCAAGCCUGACCAAGAUGAUCGCGGCUACCGCCUGAUCACCCUCGAGGACAACUCGAUGGACUGUCUGGUGAUCUCGGACCCGUCGACGGACAAGUCGUCGGCAGCACUCGACGUUCACGUCGGGCACCUCUGCGAUCCCGACGAGGCCGCCGGACUGGCCCAUUUUUGCGAGCAUUUGUUGUUUAUGGGCACCACAAAGUAUCCCUCUGAGAAUGAUUACAGCCAGUACCUUUCCGAGCACGGGGGCUAUUCCAAUGCCUUCACCGGCGUCGAGAACACCAAUUACUACUUUGAGGUCGCCUCGGACCAUCUCGAGGGCGCCCUCGAUCGCUUUGCCCAGUUCUUCAUCUGCCCGCUUUUCACAGAGUCAUGCACAGACCGCGAGCUCAAGGCCGUCGACUCGGAACACAAGAAGAACUUGCAGAGCGAUACCUGGCGCACGUACCAGCUCGAGAAGGACCUGUCCAACCCCAAUCACCCGUACUGCAAGUUUGGAACCGGCAGCCUGGAGACUCUCAAGGAUAUCCCCGAGAACAAGGGCCUGGAUGUCCGAAAGCUGCUGCUUGACUUUCACAGCAAAUACUACUCGGCAAACAUUAUGAAGCUCGUUGUGCUGGGCAAAGAGCCCCUUGACACGCUUACCGAGUGGGUUGUUCGCAUGUUCUCGGACGUCCCGAGUCUGGGCAUCAAGCCGCCCGCGUUCCAGGGACAUCCCCUGACCGAAAACGAGCUCAUGAAACAAGUGCUCAUCAAGCCCGUGAAGGAGAUCCGUCACCUGGAGCUCGUCUUCCCCUUCCCGGAUCUAUCGGCCCACUACGAGUCGCAGCCGAGUGGCUACGGAUCUCAUUUGAUUGGACACGAGGCCGAGGGGUCGAUUCUGUCUCUGCUGAAACAGAAAGGUUGGGCGAACGCGCUGUCGGCCGGGUACUCUUCAGGUGGCAUCAACUUUGGCUUCUUCAAGAUCACUGUGGAUCUGACUGCCGAGGGGCAAGCCCACUACAACGAAGUGAUCGUGAUCAUAUUCCAGUAUAUCGACAUGAUCAAGAAGGCCGGCAUCCAGAAGUGGAUCUUCAACGAGUGCAAGUCGCUGUACAUGAUGCACUUCCGCUUCAAGGAGAAAAAGUCGCCUGCCAGCUACGCUUCGAAUGUUGCUCAACAGAUGCAUCAGUAUGCCAAAGAAGACAUUCUGUCGGGACCGUACCUGCUGACGAGAUACGAGCCAGAGAUGAUGCAGCAAUGUCUGUCGCACUUGCGGCCUGACAACUUUCGAGUCACGCUGGUUUCUCCCGAUUUCGACACUACGACAUUCGCGAAGGCCAAGUGGUACGGCACUGAGUACCUUGUCGAGCCCCUGAGCGAGAAGCUGAGGACCGAUCUGACAAAGCUGGAGCCCAACCCCGAUCUGCAUCUGCCGAGGAUGAACGAGUUUAUUCCUGAAUCCUUCGAUGUCGACAAGCUCGAAAAUGUAACGGUCCUCAAAGGUGCCCAGAUCAUCCUGGAAACCCCAUUGAUCCGAUUCUGGCACAAAAAGGAUGACACCUUCUGGGUGCCCAAGGGCAACGUGUGGUUUCACCUGCGCGCUCCGCUGAGCUAUGUCACUCCGCGAAUGUGCGUGCUCACCCGACUGUAUACGGACAUGCUGCGGGAUUCGCUGAACGAGCUGUCGUACUACGCGGAGGUGGCCGGACUCAGCUACGAUCUGGACAACAACACCGACGGCUUGGUGCUCGUCAUUGGUGGUUAUAACGACAAAAUCGGCAAGCUCCUUGAAAAGAUCGUCGAGAAGAUGUCCAAUUUGAAGAUCAACCCGACUCGAUUCAAGUCGGUGAAGGAGCAGCUGACUCGGCAGUACAAAAACUGGGACCUCGAGGCUCCCUAUCAGCACUCGGUCUACUAUUUGUCGUACGUCACCCAGGAAUGCCUGUGGACCAGCGCCGAGAAGCUCGCGGCGCUUGAAGAUGUCACCCCUGACGACGUUCAGAGCUUCUUCCCCAACCUGCUGAGCGAAGUGUUUAUCGAGGGCCUCUCGCACGGCAAUAUCAAGCGCCAGGAUGCCUUGAGGUUUGUGGACACAGUGCUGCAGGCUUUCCAGCCAAAGCCUCUGCCCGUGGCGUACCAAAUGAAGGCUAUGCGCACGCACAUCCUUCCCGAAGGCACUCUCCACAUCCAAGUGCGCGAGGUACCCAAUGCCGAUAACCCAAACUCGGCCAUCGAGUACUACCUGCAGUUUGGAGACUACGCCAACACCGCCACGCGGACCAAGGCCACGCUGCUCUCGCACAUCAUCAACGAGCCGUGCUUUGACCAGCUGCGAACCAAGGAGCAGCUGGGAUACAUGGUCUUCAGCGGCCUGCGCAACCAGACGAGCAUGACAGGACUGCGACUCAUCAUCCAGAGCGAAAAGCACCCCGCCUACCUCGAGUCGCGCAUCGAGGACUUUUUGACCAAGAUGAGGACUAUCCUAAGCGACCUCUCGGAGACGGCGUAUGCAACCCAUGUCCAGGCGGUGGUAUCCCGCCUGCUUGAGAAGGACAAGAACCUGGGCCAAGAAUCCAGCCGUGUGUGGACACAUGUGUCUUCGCAUUACUACAACUUCCGACAGAGCGAGCUCGACGCCGAGCAGGUCAAGGCCAUCCAGAAGGACGACCUGCUUGCCUUCUACGACCAAUACGUGCAUCCCGACUCGCCCUGCCGACGCAAGCUCAGCGUCCACGUCACCAGCAAGAAGGCAGCCAAGGCGGUCCUCGAGGCCGAGGCUGAGAGCAUCUUGGCCAAGAACGUGAUUCUGCAGCCCGAAGACGUUGCGAUGUUCAAGGGCUCGCUCGAGCUCUCCAGGAGCCCUGCGCCCGUGGCCCCCGUGGCCUCGUUUUUCGAUCUUGAUGGAUAAAAUGGACUGAUGAGUGAAUGAAAGCGAUUGAAGCAAUGAAUCAAACGGGCGCCAGCCCGGAGCGAUGGUCUCGCUCGCGGCCAUGGCUCAGUCUUCACAUGCUCGCCCAGGGGUUUUUGCUCAGUCGGUCUGGCCUGGUGCUCACGCGGACGGGGUGGCGGCCCUGUAUGCGGCGAGAUCUCAUCUCUUCAGCGGGUCUGCCGGUGGCUGCAGCUCGCCACGGAAGCCGGUGGCACUCAUGGAGUCAAGCCGCGGCCGCCAUGGACUCGGGCGACGAACCGCUGGGCCUGGAAGAUUGGCGGAUGCCAAGGAGGAAGGGGGGGGGUAGGACGAAGGAUGAGGAAACGGAUCAAGCGCCG